AUGAACGAAUUUGAAAACUUUGAUGCCCAUAUAUCCCUGGAAGACCCUUUAAAGGAUUAUGAAAAACUUAUCGAAGACAAAUUAAAAGCAGAUAUCGUUAUUUCCAAUGACACGAUGAACAAAAUUUGGAAUAAAAUAUCUACAGCAGCAAGAGAAAGAGUUUGGCAGCUUUUGUUUGAAGACAACUCGAACAAAGAAACCAAUGACCACUUGGAAAAGGCAGCAGGAUUACUUAAAAUGCUCAAGGAGGACUCGUGUUUUUAUUCUCCAUGGGAAUACAAUGAAUGGAUUAUACGGCUGAGAGAUGAAUUGUUGCAGCGUAAGAUGUUGGCAUUUUGGAAAAACAUAAUUGUUGCUCAAGAAUUGGGUCCUGCCUGGGCUAGAGAUAGUGAUUUGUUUGAGGAUUCCGAUGAUCUAGAGCCAGCAAAAUUUUAUGAGUAUGGAGGUUGUAAGGCUCCAUGGUUGGCUGAAGAGAAAAGUAAAAAUAUGCCUAACUCAAAUGUCCUGGAAAUUAAACCAAUUUCUUUGGAAACCCCCUUGGAGGACUAUAAACGUAAUAUGGAACUGCAAAUUGUUCAUAAUUCCGUGGAAAAGAAUGCCUUCGAAAGCAUAUUUGCCAAUGUCAGAGACAUUAUUUGGCAAUUGUUGUUUAAGAAGGAGGUGGAUUCAAGUUAUUUGAAUGAUAACAAUAUUGAAAAGGCGACAUCGUUAUUACGUCAAUAUAAACAGGAUGCCUGCCACCAUUCACCAUAUGACUAUAACAAUUGGAUAGAAAAGGUAAAAGAGGAACUUCUUAAUAGACAGCAAUUUGAUUUUUGGCAAAAUGUUAUUGUCAAAGAACAACUUGGCCUCUGCUGGUCGGGAGAUUCAAAAGGUUUUCAGAACCUAGAAGAAGAAAUGCCAAAGGAAUUUUAUGAAUAUGACAAAGGAAGAGAAAUGUUUGACAUAAAACAAUAA